UAGGGGGGAAGGGCUUAAGCGGCUAAUACUAGAAUCAUUCGAACCGCAAAUCAGAGCAGAAAGCAAAACAAAGUAGCAAACUUCAAGCUUCAACUGUGAAUUUCUGCUCAACCAAAGACUUCGAUGGUAGAUUUUCUGCAGACCCAAAACUUCAACGAUGAAUCCCAAGUAAGCUGUCUCUUUCCUCUCACCUCUAUAUUCAAUUGAAGACAUGAACUUGUUCUUGUUGUUGCAAUGAGUCCCAACUUUCUAUUUGGAUGUGGGUUCCUUCAAUUACACUGAGUUUUCCCAGAAAGCUCAUUCAAUCACCAAGAACUAAUCUCAACCAUUUUAAGCUCAUCAAUUGGUUUUCAAGUUUCUCACUUUCUGAUGAUAAUGAUUGUUGCACUACAAACACUAACACAAGCACCCAAGAGGUUUAUGGUGGUGGGAUUGUGUGUGGUUUCAAGUGGGCAUCGCCGCAGCAACCGGCUAUUGCCCACUGUGAUUCAAGGUCUUCAGAGUCUGGUGGUAUUAGUUCAGUUACUGAUUGCAGAACAGACAUUACCAAUGCCAAGAGGAACAGUUUGGUUGCGGACUUGGAGACGUCGGAGGUUGUUAACAAGCUCAAUGGGUUUAAAAGCAAACCCAAUUCGGCGUUUUCCUUGUUCCGCCAGUUGAAGGAAGAAGGGUUCCAGCACAAUGUUUUGACAUACUGUGCGCUUGUAAGGAUAUUGUGUUAUUGGCGUUUGGAUAGGAAGUUGGAUUCUCUGUUCUUGGAGGUUAUUAGUGGCGCUCGAGACAUUGGAUUUCGAUUAUUGGAUUUGUUGGAAGCGAUGGAGGAGGAAAUUGAGGUUUCCCCGUCAAUAGCUCGGGGUUUUGAUGCAUUGGUUAAGUCUCUUGUCAAUCUCAACAUGUUUGAUGAGGCUAGUGAUGUUUUGUUCCAUACCAGAAGGUGUGGAUUUGUGCCGCAUAUCUUUACAGUUAAUUUUCUGAUGAAUCGGUUGAUUGAGCAUGGUGAAGUGGGUGCGGCUUUGUCUAUAUACAAGCAGUUGAAGGGGAUUGGUUUGGUCCCUAAUGAUUACACCUAUGCAAUUGUCAUCAAGGGAUUUUGUAAGGAGGGUAGGUUGGAAGAGGCUGGGGAAGUGUUUGAGGAGAUGGAGUUAGCCGGGGUAGCCCCUAGCGUGUUUGCUUACACAGCAUAUAUUGAAGGACUUUGCAACAAGGGGCGUUCUGAUGUAGGAUGUCAAGUGCUCCAAUAUUGCAAAAGUGAAAAUAUCCUUCUUGAUGCCUAUGCAUAUAAAGCUGUCAUUCGUGGGUUCUGUGAUGAGAUGAAAUUUGAUGAAGCAGAAAGUCUCUUUUUUGACAUGGAAAAGCAAGGCGUGGUGCCUGAUUCAUGCAUCUAUAGUGCAAUGAUCAGUGGCUACUGCAAGAAUUACAAUUUGUUAAAGGCUUUGGCUCUCCAUAAUGACAUGGUGUCAAAGGGUAUAAAAACAAAUUGUGUGAUUGUUGGUUUUAUUCUUCAGUGCCUCUGUAAGAUUGGAAUGCCUUCUGAUGCUGUGGAUCAAUUCAUAGAAUUUAAGAGCAUGGGGAUAUAUCUUGAUGAGGUUACCUACAAUAUUGCGGUUGAUGCUUUAUGCACACUGCGGAGAGUGGAAGAAGCCUCCGAAUUGCUGGAAGAGAUGAAGCUUAAGCAUAUGAGCUUAGAUAUUAUGCAUUACACCACGUUACUUAAAGGGUACUGUCUCCAAGGGAAAGUUGUUGAUGCCACGAAUCUUUUGGAGGAAAUGUAUGAGAAGGGUUUGAAGCCAGAUAUUAUUACUUACAAUGUCCUUGCUGCAGGGUUUUCUAGAAAUGGACUGGUAUCUAAGGCGCUUGGCCUUUUGGUUUAUAUGGAGGCACAGGGUUUUAAACCGGACUCUGUUACACACAGCAUGGUAAUUGAGAAUCUCUGCAUAGGAGGAAAAGUCAAAGAAGCUGAAGCAUUUUUAAAUAAUUUGGUAGAUAAGAGUGAAGAGACCUACACUGCUCUGAUCCGUGGAUACUGUGAAGCUAACAAUACAAGGAAGGCCUAUGAACUUAUUUCUAGGCUGGCAAAGCAGGGAACCAUUAACAAAGGUGCUUGCUUUAAAGUACUUGGUAACCUUUGUAUGGAAGGUGAUAAUGACAGUGCUAUCUUGUUGUUUGAGAGAAUGUUCGCCUUAAAUGUGGAACCUAAGAGAAUUAUGUACAGCAAACUCAUAGCUUCUCUCUGCCAGGCUGGAGAGGUGCAAAAGGCCCGCCUGUUUUUUGAUUCUUCAGUUGCGAGAGGGUUUACUCCUGAUGUCAUUGACUACACAGUGAUGAUAAAUAGCUACUGCAGGGGGAAUUCUUUGCGGGAAGCCCAUGAUCUCUUCCAUGAUAUGAAAAAGAGAGGGAUUCAACCUGAUAUCAUCACUUACACAGUUUUGCUAGAUGGAUUUUCGAAAAGAAACAUAAGAAGGGUUCGUUCCCCUCUAGAUGCAAGGGGAAAUAGGGAAGAAAUGGCGGAUGCUUCUACUAUACUUUGGACUGAGAUGAAGGAAAUGGGAAUAAGACCUGAUGCCAUUUGUUAUACUGUUUUGAUAGACAGGCAUUGUAAAACAGACAACCUUCAGGAUGCUAUUGCACUCUUUGACUUAAUGGUUGACAGAGGAUUAAAACCUGAUACAGUGACGUACACAGCUCUUCUGUCUGGCUGUUGUAAUAGAAGAGAUGUGGAUAGGGCUGUAACCCUAGUUAAUGAGAUGUCUUCGAAGGGAAUCCAGCCAGAUGCCUGCACACUGUCGGUUCUACAGCAUGGAAUCUUAAAAGCCAAAAAAAUGCAGUUUCGGAAAUAAGAACAGUUGAUAGUCAGUGCUUGGAUAAACCCAGGGUUGUGAAAUGGUAGAGAAUGCAAAGUUUCUCUUUGAGUAAGAAGAUAAUUUUCAUUAGCUUUAUUAGUGAACAGCUUUUGUUGUCUUGUUUCGAUGAUAAAUUUUGACUCCACAGCUGGAUGGGUGUCCCCGAUACAACAAUAUGGCUUGCUGAAAGAGACUUGGUGGAAGCCUCAUUCACUGGGCCACCUGGCCCACCCCUAGCUGGAGGGAGAAGAACACUUCGUUACUAAGUAACCUGGAUAUCAUACAUUGAGCUGGUGUGUUGUGGAACAACUUUAUCACUUGCCCAAAGUGACUUGGUGGUGGCGAAACAGGGUCGUAAAUACAUCUAGCCCCUUGCCAGAUCACCCCAUAUUGGCCGGAAGAUCAUUCCACCUGGCAGUUCACCAGGAAGUCAACCAUGCGUAGGACUGUUGUUUAGUAAGACCGAAAAUUGUUUCUUUUUUUACUCGGGAGAAGGGUGAAAACAAGAAUCAAGUUCUCUGGCCUGAAUGUGGGAGUAGUUCUGCUCCAUCACCUGACCAUUUUUACAAAGUUUGGUGAACUAAUCAAUCCAUACUCUACCAUCAGCCUGCCGUCAUUUGAAAGUUGACUUGUGCAUAAGCUUCUAUAUGACCCAAACAGUGGACAACAAUCUGCGUAUUCUCUACUGCUCUUUGUGCCGAUUGGCUUUCCUAGAUGCAUAGCAACCUGCGUAAAAGAUCUAUGGGAUGGGAUGUACCCUAAUUUAUCUUUUGCCCACUGUAAAAUAUUUAGUAGAUGAUAGAAAUCAUCAUGAGAUUUUCAUAGAUUGUAUCCCUUGUUUGAAUAAAUCAUCAUGGGAUGGCAUUAAACGAAA